AUGCUGCCAUCGCUGGGGCUGCUGUUUGCUGCCCUCUCCUUGGCAAGGGGCAUCCCCCUGCAGCGGGCAGCCAACCGCAGCAAACUCCUCCUGGUGUCCUUCGAUGGGUUUCGGUGGGACUAUGACCAGGACGUGGACACCCCCUACCUGGACGCUAUGGCUGCAGAGGGGGUGAAGGCCAAGUACAUGACUCCCCCCUUCGUCACCCUCACCAACCCGUCCCACUUCACGCUGCUGACCGGGCGAUACGUGGAGAACCACGGGGUGAUCCACAACAUGUGGUUCAACACCACCACGGGUGUGAAGCUGCCCUACUACACCACGCAGGGCAUAAGCAGCUGGUGGGACAACGGCAGCCUGCCCAUCUGGAUCACUGCCCAGAGACAGGGUUUGAAGACAGGCUCUGUCUACUUCCCCGGAGGAAGAGCAACAUACCAAGGGGAAGAAGUGAACAAGAAGCUGGUGGAGCCUGCCAUAUUCAGCUACAGCAACGAAACCAACUGGAGGGAGAACAUUGACACGGUCAUGAAAUGGUUCACAGUGGACAACCUCGACUUCGUCGCACUCUACUUCGGAGAGCCAGACUCCUCGGGACACAAGUUUGGCCCUGACUCCACCCAGAGGAAAACCAUGAUCCAGCAGGUGGACAGAACCGUCGGUUACUUGAGGCAGCGCAUCCGGGAAAAUGAGCUGGAAUCAAAGCUCAACCUCAUCAUCACGUCUGACCACGGCAUGGACACCGUCCUAAAGACCGACGAGAUUCUCCUCCGGACCAUAAACAACUUCACGUUCAAAGACAUCGACUUUGAACUCUUAGAUUACGGACCAAAUGGAUUCCUGGUGCCAAAAGAAGGGAGAUUAGAGCAUGUGUACUCAGUGCUGAAAGACGCCCACCCCAAACUGCACGUGUACAAGAAAGAAGAGUUUCCGGAGAAAUUCCACUACGCCAACCACCCUCGGAUCCCCCCGCUCGUGCUGUACAGCGAUCCAGGAUAUGUGAUCCAUGGGAGGAUCAAGGUCCAGUUCAAUAAAGGGGAACACGGUUUCAACAACGAGGACAUGAACAUGAAAACCAUCUUCCGUGCCGUGGGACCGGCCUUCAAGAAGGGGCUGGAGGUGGAGCCCUUCGAAAGCGUCAACGUCUACGCCCUCCUCUGCGAGCUGCUGGGCAUCACCCCGGAGCCCCACGAUGGCUCCCUGGAGGUCACCAAGCCCAUGCUGCGAGGGUCGGAGGAAGGGCCGGAGGAAGGGUCGGGGGAAGGGUCGGAGGACGGGUCGGAGGACGGGUCGGAGGACACUGGGAACCAAGGUGGGCACCGGGAGUAG